AUACGCCUGAUACGCGGCGCUGAGUAGAGUAUCUCAUCGAUUUUUUAAGCGUCGGAAUGCGUGGCACGAGACAGAGACGCCUGUCACGUGACAGUCCCGACAUGUAUCUGUAUCUCUGUGCUGUGUGAAACCCCCUGCCCGCCUGCAUCUGAAUGCCAUUCAUGGACGUCGAGACGAGAUGGCGGAUUCGUUAGAUACUGAGAUACUGAGAUACUGCGAUACUGCGAGAUACUCUCGUGCAGUCGUCCAAACUGCACUUUCAGCGCUUUUUAUCUGCCGAAGCUGUAAAUAUCCGCGAGAUUUACAACGCCAGCGCGCGACUCGAGUAUCGGUAUCGCUUGGCGGACUCAAACUCAGACUCGGAAUCGGAUUUGGUGUCGUUUUUGUACUCGUACUCGAAAUCGCCAUCGGUAUCGCUUUUUAGCACAACGCAUCAUCAUUCGGCCUGCGAUUCGCCAAUGCAGAUACUGUAUCUGCGGGCCACUGCAGCCGGGAUAACUCAAGAGGCAAAAGCCAAAAGCCAAUAUCCAAAAUCCAGAUAUACAUAUACAGUACUCGGUACCGCAGUCGUGCUCCACUUGUGCCCAUUGUUGCUCUGCUGUCACCGUAACUCACAAUUGAAUUGUUCCUUUGUUCUGUUUCGGUUUCGGUUUCUGUGUCUGUGUCUGUUUCUGUUUCCGUUUCUGUAGCGGCUUAAAAAAGAGACCCGCUCCCGAAUUUCGCAUAAUUGGCUGGACGCCGCUGGCUUUCAAGUUGGCCGCCAGACCAAGUGUCGCCGGUAAAAAGAUACAGAUACUUGCACUGCCAGCACGGACAUAGAUACAGAUACUGACUGGCAGUCGAGCGCGGAAAAGUGAGAUAGUUACCAUGCUGGUGCCGCCGGACAUGAUGGCCGCCCAGACGCGCAUGGUCUACCAGAUGAACCGAUUCUGCGCGGAGCGGGUCCAGGCCAGGAUGUUCAAGACGGCCACCGCCAUCCGCGAGAUCUGCAAGAUCGUCCAGGACAUCCUCAAGGAGGUGGAGCUGCAGGAGCCGCGCUUCAUCUCCAGCCUCGUCGAGUGCAAUGGCAGAUUCGAGGGCGUGGAGGUCAUAUCGCCGAAUGAGUUCGAGAUAGUUCUCUAUCUGAAUCAAAUGGGCGUCUUCAACUUUGUGGACGAUGGCACUCUGCCAGGAUGUGCUGUGCUGAAGCUGAGCGAUGGCCGGAAGCGGUCCAUGUCCCUGUGGGUGGAGUUCAUCACGGCCAGCGGCUACUUGUCAUCGCGGAAGAUCCGGGCUCGAUUCCAAACGCUGGUGGCCCAGGCCUGCGACAAGAGUGUCUACCGCGACGUGGUCAAAAUGGUGGGCGACACCAGCGAGGUGAAGCUGCGCGUUCGGGAGCGAUUCGUGGUCCAGAUCACGCCCGCCUUCAAGUGCUCCGGCAUCUGGCCGAGAUCGGCGGCCCACUGGCCGGUGCCCCAUCUCCCCUGGCCACAUCCCAAUAUCGUGGCGGAGGUCAAGACGGAGGGAUUCGACCUAUUGUCCAAGGAGAGCAUAGUCAUGCAGAACAAGAACAACAAUGCGGCCAGCAUGGAGGGCGAUGCUUGGGUCCUCAGCUUUUUCGAGGCCGAGAACCGGCUUCUGCAAGGUGGCUGUCGCCGGCGUUGUCUGAGCAUGCUGAAGACGCUGAGGGACAGGCACAUGGAGCUGCCCGGCAAUCCCAUCAGUGCGUACCACCUGAAGAACCUGCUGCUCUACGAGUGCGAGAAGCAUCCGCGGGACUUCGAGUGGGACGAGAGCUGCAUUGCGGACCGCAUCAACGGGAUCUUCCUGCAGCUGAUAUCCUGCCUGCAGUACCGCCGCUGUCCCCACUACUUCCUCCCUGGACUGGACAUGUUCAAGGGCAAGUCGCCCAGUGCGCUGGAGCAGGCCGCCAAACAGGUGUGGCGAUUGACCCGCGAGCUGCUCACCAAUGCCAACGCCUUCGAGAAGUUGUAAGGGGGCGUGGUCCGGGGCUUGGGAUGGGUCGAUUUUGGUGACGAAUAAUGCAUAUGUUUUUGUUAGGGAAAUAAUCUAUCAUUCUCUUGUUAUCGUUGUAACAUUUGUGUCAAGUUCGUUUUAUUUUGGUCCCUUAAACUCAAGCUAUGCUGACUGUUUUACUUUCUACUCAAAAGUAUUUUUAAUUAUUGCCUUAAUUGAAGAUGGUUAUAACUUUGUUUUUUAUUUAAAGGUAAUACACACAUAGUGUAAUAAAGUUUACCUUUAAUAGAUUUCAUUUCCUUGAGAGUAAGUUUUUCCUGAGUAAAAGAAGGGAUUUUAACUAGAUAAGUGACUUUCCCCCAGCAUAAGUGUAUUUCCCUGUGUUUUCGCAGUCUUCCAAAUAUCGACCCAUCUGAAUGUGGGGAGUGUGUGUUUUGUGUGGGGUGCCAAGUCUGCCGGAGGUUCAAGAUAUAUAUACGAAUAUAUAUAUAUAUAGCUCCUUGGCGGCCAUUUUGUGCCAUGUCCGUGUGCCUGUGUUUGUCUGCAUGAGCGUGAGUGUGUGUGCGUGUGCGAAAGUGUUAAUGCGGAGAUGCGAGAUAAGUCCACUCCCCAUUUCGACUCCGACUCCGACUCGACUCGACUCGAUUUGCGAUAUAUAUCUGCCCAUCCAGGCGUUUCGGCUAAGCCUCGAAUAUUGUUUUUAAUAACUCGCCCCUCGACGCUCACGACGCAUCCUUUGUUUGUCCAUCGAACAAUGGACUCGCCAACUUCCAGAUCCCGGAUGGAAAAAAAAAACGAAAAUCAAACAAAAAAAAAAGAGCAUUUGGCCAGGCGGCUCCUUUUACACGGGCCACUCAACGUUUACGAUUGUUUCACAGUUCGCAGCAGAUCCUAGAUCAAAGCAAAAACGAAACACAAAAAAGGAACUAUACACAUAGAUCGCUAAAAAUAUGAGAGAGAGAUUCCAUUGAUGAUCGUUCCAAGUCCAACUUUACAUUGUUUUUUUAAUACCUAUAUAUAUAUACAUAUAUGUCGAUGUCUAUUAUGCGAUGCCUAACAUUUAGCACGAUUAUCCACAGUUUGUUUUAAGUACAACAUAAUCCUAGAUUGCUUAAGUGAAUAGAAAUGUUUGAAUAAAUUCAAGAGUAGCCAAAGGCAA